GAUACAGGACACAUCACGUCACUUCAUCUUCAGGACACUCGGUAUCCGCUGGCAUAAUCCAGACGCAGUUUCGCUCCCGUGCUCAAAGGGCACCACUUUGUGGCACUCGGCGAUGGCAGUGAAGGAUAUAUUUCCCUACAGUUAGAAGACAGGCUGGUUCUAGUUCGCUGGGACAUAUGGUGCUUUGCUCGAAAAAGUGCUCGUCAGAUUUUGGUAACAGAAACCUGCCCGAGGACUCUGUGAAGUAGAACCAACUAUUUUCGGUUCGCGCCAUUCUUUGAGAACCAACGUUCUGUUUCCAACUCUCGAAUCCCAUCUACCACUCCUGGUCUUGGGCUAUCAAGAGGUAUGUGGAGAGAGGAUCUCGUAUGAAGAACUGGUCUCCAUUGCUUGUGAAACAGGUUUUAUGUUGUGUUGUGUAAACAUGGCAUACGUUUCUGCGCGACUGAACAACUGAUCUUUGUUCUCUGACUGAAAGAACCAUUCGAGUGAAGAAAAGAUUCAGGGUAGACUUUUGAACUUUGUGAUCUUUGCAUAAAAACAAGUAUUUCUGGGCAGUCUUGAUAACGUUUCCGUGUGUUGAACUGCAUUAUUAUUCUUGCCUUUUUGCUGACUGAAUGCCAUGUGAUUCUUAAAAGGUAAUAUUUUUUCUUUGAGAGGAUAAUUUUCAUAUAAAUGUAAUAGAAGGCGUGUAUUGAUUCUAACUUGACCGUGUGUAAUUAAUAUUCAAAACGCUAAAUAAUAAUAAUAAUAAAAAAAAUACUGCGCCAGUGAUGUUCCAAUGAAGUUUGCUGGUGAAAUGGAGUAAUUUCUAAUGUGUUUCAUUUAUGGAAAGUAUAGACAUCAAACAUUUUGCCUCUCGCCGUUAAAAAAAAAGAAAAGGAAAGAAACUAAGCGAAUCAGUGAGUACUGAGAUGACAAAAAAAAAAAACAGCGGAAGCCAUAAUACGAAUGUGAAGUAAAGCACAUAAGAAUACUGGAUACUGUAACGUUAAAAUUUGUACACACCUGAGUAGCUGUUCCUAGAAAUCUCGAGCCAGUCAGAGGACGUUGGUGGACGAUAACAUCAAAACCGACAAAGGAAUUCCUAAGAAGACGUCUAAAGCGAGUGUUUCCACGACGAUGACAAUGACGGUGACGAUGAUCGUCAAGCAGAUAAAGUGGGUCGGAGUGUGGUGGACCUUCCUGCUCUUGGGUAUUGGUUUCCCUAGCUCUGUGGACUCUGCUCUUUCUCCCAUUCGUCUGGGGAAAGCCAACGACUUCUGCAAAAGGGCGCAGAGCAGGCUGGACUGCAAUUUCAAGAAUACAGAUCAGCCAGUGAUUCUGGAGGAUAUAGACGCUGGAAUCAAGGAAGUGAAGGUGCAGUCUGCCAAAACCUUCAGAGGGGUCUCUCUCUGUAACACGAACAUCGUAAUGUGGACUUCCUCUAACGUCACUCUCUUGGGAUCGAACCCGAAAGAGGACGUCAACACGUUCGUUACCAGGGCGCCGCCCACCAGCGCUCACCCCGGUAGAAAAAGCAGUCUGAACUUAGAGACUGUUAACCACGAGACGCCAAUAUUAUUUCCUUCCGACGGGGCACCUGCUACAACAGCUCAUCAGCCCUCCGGAAGGGUUGGAGACAACGGUCAGCUUUGCGACAGAAAUGUUUCUGUUCAUCAGUCGAAGGUUCGACUCCUGCAAGGGGGUUUCAGUAUGGUGUUUCUUCAGUCGAGUGAAGUGGAGAGCGUCGACGGACUGUUUCAAAGCCUUCUGAUCAAACAGCAGUGCGAGGUCAAGAAGUUUUCCGGCUCAGUCGACAGUCUGGUCAUCCAAGAGACUCAAAUGGCAGAGGUCACCGAAAUGAAGGUGGGUCGCAGCCUGCAGGUCCAACGAGCUUCCAUGCAAGUUGUGGGGUCACCUGGCAUAGUUCUUAAUCAGUUUACGAAAGAUCCUUCAAAAGUCGACCCCUCUCCUCACGAGAUGACAGGCGUGAGCAUUGGAUCAUUGAAAACAGGAAAAAUCAUAGUUAACGGUAGCCACUUGAUCAUGAAUAGUGUCACCAUUGACGAGAUUGGUGCAGGGGGUAUAUCCAUCGAGGCAGGGGGAAGGGCCACCUUGAAUAACGUCAAAAUUGGAGGCGGUCCCGAUUUUUGCUUAGUCCUUCGCGGGUCUGCGAGCAUUACUCUUAAUAAUUUCACGCUUAGAGGGGAGACGUUAGACCAUCUGGAUCUAACCAUUACCAAUGCAAAGUGGCCGGUCUAUCCUCUUCACGUCUUACCCACUCAGAAAACUCGGGUGCAAAUAAGUCUGCACCAAAACGCUUCAUCUAACAACCAAGAUUCCAAGAGCUUCAUCAGUCUGGAUUGGUACUGGGUGCCGGUGAUGCUAGUCGUAGGCAUGGUGUGCGGCAUGGUGGUCGCCUGUGCUGUCAGAUGCAGCAGAAGGCGGAAGAGGCCGAAUGAAUUACUGUCGUCUCUUUCCUUCUCCGAACUUGUGGCGCGGGAAAGGCGCUGCAGAUCUGGCGUGACAGACGAGGAGGUCGCCAAUGGGUACGUCGGACCGCACCACCCAGACCUCGUUCGACAAGACUCCGGCUUGACUUCCUCUUCUUUCGCCUCUUACACAGCCUGUGCCGAGCGCAGGCACUCUUCCAAGCAGUUCGAUGAUCUGGAUCGCACCUCGAACGGCAAUGCUGACUCCAGCGUGUUCAUUCACGUGCCCGCAAUUGCUUGCACGCGAGAGAAUGUGAUCUACGAAGAAGUAGAGUCUUUGCCUCCCCAGGCGAGGGAGAAUACUUAUGUAGCAAUGAAGUGAGAUUGUUUUUUAGGUCUUAGCAAUAGAUUUUGCUUGUGUGUAUAGAUAGUUGAUAAAUGAUUUUCAGUGUUACUCCAGUUAUUUUGUGUGCGAAAGCAAAGUUUGAGUGUAAUCACUGCCAUUGUAGAGAAGACCACGAUAUGUCUCGACUGCAUUACCGAAGAUGCUAAAUGACUUGUGUUUUUUCUAUCAUAGUAAUAAGUAAAGAAAAAAAAAAGAUACCACAGUUAUUUUUGAAAGAAAAUGAUCAAUUACCAAGUGAACGUUCUCCAAAGUUGUGCUGCAACGCAUGAUAGUUGCUGCAUGAACUUGAGAAAGUAUCAUUUUAGUAAAAGGUUUUGUGCCACUUGAAACACGUCCUCACGGAUCCCAGGAAGCCUAAAAGAGAAGGGAAAGAAAAUAAGGUGAAAGAACAAAGGAGAAAGGGAAAGAAAAAGGUUUAUAGUUUCAUAGGAAGUGAAGGGACCUCUUCUCUAUAUUACGACCAGUGUCCUUUCCAUGCCGGAUUUAAUAUGUUAGUCGUGAGGUAAGGAAUGAUGACCUAGAAGUGAUGAUGACCUCUUUGUUACUAGAUGACUAACUACCAUAUCCAUUUGGUGACUGGAUUUUCAGUUGAAUCGGUGAAUGACAUUCUCUAAAGAUGAAUAAGAGCACACACAGUUUUCAGUUCUUUUCAUUUUUAUACAAGAGAACUUAUGGAUAUUUGUGAAUAGUCGAUUUGAAAAAUGUAUAGUGAUGCAAAAUGUUGAACAGGUAGCUUAGAUGUCUAAUUGGCUCUGUGCUUUUUGUUUUAAAUAAAGAAUACUUCAGAGA